AUGCAUCUCAAUAUGCCGCUUCUUCUCGCCGGCCUCAUGAGCCUCGCCAUCGCCUCACCAUCUCUUCGCAACGCUAGAUCAGAAGAUAUCUCAUCUACCGAGAUGAUCCUUACCGUCAAUGGAACCUCCUCAGAAGUUCUCGAUCCCGAUUCAAUCAUCAAAUGCGUCAAAGACUGCGCCACUAUCAUCGCAGAUGGCGUUUGCAUCGGCAAAGCUAUCCUUCCUCCUGUAUCACCUACCGCUGUCACGGACGUCUAUGCUUGUGUCAAGAAUGACACUGUGGGUCUCUGCAAUUGCGCAUCUUGUGUUACCGGUGCCAAGGCGCUGGGAGCGUUCCUCACGAAGUACGAUAUCUGCGAUCAAUUGAGCACUAUUACCACUCCCCCGUCAUAG